AUGGACAAACUUACCAGCCAAAUCAAAGAGCUCGAGUUGGAAAACCCUCAACUACGAGUCCAGCUGAAACGUGCCAAGGAACGUAACCACGUCUUGGAGGAUAAGGGUAAGCAAGUUUGUGAAAAAUUUGAAGAUUGCAAGAAAAGGCUCCGAUUAGCCGAGGGACAAAGAGUUUGGGUUGGUGGAGCUUUACAAGGAGCUAAUUCUGAGCUAGACUUCCAUAACGAAGAGUUGGAUCGAGCGUCCCGAAUCAUCAAGGACCUUGAAAAUACUAUCAAGAGGUCUAAUGCCAUGAAGAAAGAAGCGAGGGAAGAUUACGAGGCCCAUAUUCUCGAACUAAGGACCACUCUAAAAGAGUAUAAGGACUUUCUAGCCAAGGAGCAACUAGAGAAAGAAAAGAUUCACCGAAGCUUCAUACGUGAGCAACAUUGGGAGGAGCGUUGCCAUGGAUUUGAAGCUUCCAUUGCUCAAAGGGACGAAAUCAUCCAUAAUCUCCAAGCCCUUUAUGAAGAAUGGAGGGACAAGUACACCAACAUGACGGUAUUAACUAACUAUGCCCUUCAAGACUUUCCCGACAAGUUGAAGGAGGCGGAUCUGAUCAUGUGCCCAGAUAAUACCCCCGAAGAGGUCUACCACUUCGUCAAGUUCUGCAAAAGAACAAUGGCCGAACUCAUCACCGACAUUGAGGCUCUCCGCAAGUCUCAAGGGGUCACUUUUAGGGUGGAUAUCUAG